UUUUUGCAGUAAAGCCCUCAUCCUACUCUGUGGAAAUGGUUUCCUUAUUACCCAAUUUGUCUUCACCAAUUUCUCGUCUAAGGCUGCUAUGGAGACCCUCAAUUCACCUCACAUUCAAAGCGACAAGCAAAUUGCAAUUGCAUAACAAAGCAGUAAAGCCUCAACUGUUCAAAUCUUUUUCAGCUUAUUGUUCUACUUCAGCUUCUAAUGUUCAAACCCAGAAUCAAAUACUGGGAGAAAAUGAAAAUUUGGUUGUCUUAGGCAUUGAAACGAGUUGUGAUGAUACUGCCGCCGCUGUGGUUAAUAGCAAUGGUGAAAUUCUCAGCCAAGUUAUCUCUUCGCAGGCAGAACUGCUUGCUAGAUAUGGAGGAGUUGCUCCUAAGAUGGCAGAGGAAGCACAUGCUCUGGUGAUUGAUCAGGUGGUACAAGAAGCACUAGAUAAAGCUAAUCUAACUGAGAAGGAUCUAACUGCAGUUGCUGUCACGAUUGGUCCUGGUUUAAGCCUUUGUUUGCGAAUUGGUGUGCGGAAAGCAAGAAGUGUUGCCGGUUCUCAUAAUUUACCUCUUGUUGGUGUCCAUCACAUGGAAGCUCACACUCUGGUUGCCAGGCUAGUAGACAGAGAACUGCAGUUUCCUUUUAUGGCCCUACUUGUCUCAGGAGGCCAUAAUCUUUUAAUCCUUGCACGUGAUCUUGGCGAUUACAUACAGCUUGGGACAACAAUUGAUGAUGCAAUUGGUGAGGCAUAUGACAAAACAGCAAAAUGGCUUGGUCUUGAUCUGAGGAAGAGCGGGGGCCCUGCUGUAGAGGAGCUAGCUCAAGAAGGAGAUGCCAAGUCUGUCAAAUUUAAAGUCCCUAUGAAACAACACAAGGAUUGCAACUUCUCAUAUGCUGGUCUGAAGACGCAAGUGAGGUUGGCAAUUGAAGCAAAAAGAAUCAAUGCUGAAAUCUCUCUUGCUUCAGCUUCUGAUGAAGAAAGACAGGCUCGGGCAGAUAUUGCUGCCUCCUUCCAGCGAGUUGCGGUAUUACAUUUGGAGGAAAAGUGUGAACGGGCAAUCGAGUGGGGUUUGAACAUAGAGCCUUCCAUAAAUCAUUUGGUAGUGUCUGGAGGUGUUGCAUCUAACAAGUAUGUCAGAGCUCGGCUUGAUGAGGUUGUGAAAAGGAAAGGGCUGAAACUUGUAUGCCCCCCUCCAAGCCUUUGUACUGACAAUGGUGUAAUGGUUGCGUGGACUGGCCUUGAGCAUUUCCGUCUGGGCAGAUUUGAUCCUCCACCUCCCGCAAAUGAACCAGAAGAUGCCGUGCUUGAUUUGCGCCCAAGGUGGCCUCUCGGUGAGGAAUAUGCUGAAGGAAAAAGUGAAGCUCGCUCAAUGAGAACAGCACGGAUGCAUCCAUCACUUACCUCUCUCAUUAAGGCAUCUAUCAAGCAAGAGUCACAGUCUGCAAUUUAAACAACUCAAAGACUUUUCUACAACGCACAUCCACAAACGUGUAGAUAUUUAUAUAAAGUGGUUUGCCUAGAAUCAUGAUUCGAAUAUGUAAAAUCAUAUUCGAAAAUUGGUGAGCUGAAAGCUUGAAAGAACCAUAAUUCAAGAGCAAUGAGCCUGUGGGGUAAAACUGUGUAUUUUGAUGUUGUAUCAUAUUUUAGUGCCUCCUGCAUUUGGUAGUUUUC